CUGCAGUACAGGAGCAGAGCUGCUCUGAAGUAGCUCAUAAAUAUAGAGACAAAACUAAAUGAAAAAUGUUUAAAUCGCAGUCUGUGUUUUAAUGACAGCGGCAGGCUGGAGUCUUCAGGGGAAUUCAUAAAAAAUACAGUCCGGCGAACUCGACUCGCAAACCUGAGAAGAAAACAUGCCUAAUGCCACUACAAGACCAAAGAGGACGAGGCGUCAUAGACGAGCUCAGAGAGAAGAUGCUGUGAGAAAUGAGCUGGUGUCAAGAUCACUGGAAGGCGCUCAGCAGUGUCUGUUCAGUCAGGACUAUGGCACUGCUUUUGUUCACUACCUGUUGGCUCUAAACCUUGCUCCAGCUCUAAAAGACUUUGCAAAUGAAUCCUUUAGAUUUACUCUGUUUAAAUGGGCUGAAGAGCUGGACUCUCUUGGACGUAUCCAGGACCUCUUUAAUUGCUAUGAACAAGCUAUGGAGUUGUUUCCAGUGGAUGAGGUUAUAGUGAACAGCAUGGGAGAGCAUCUCUUCAGAAUGGGGUUUCGGGAUGAAGCUGCUGGGCAUUUUUAUAAAGCCCUUAAACUCCGACCAGACUUCCCAGAGGCAAAGGAAAACUUUUACCGUGUUGCCAACUGGUUGGUGGAACGCUGGCACUUCUUAAUGCUCAAUGACCAUGGGCGAAACCACAAGUACCAGCUGGCUAUUAAGAAAGCUGUUGAGGGAGGAUGCAGCUCUGUUCUGGAUAUUGGAACUGGCACAGGCAUCCUCGGUAUGUGUGCAAAGAUGGCAGGUGCUGCUGAGGUCUAUGCCUGUGAGCUGUCAAAGACAAUGUAUGAGCUGGCAUGCGAGGUGCUCUCAGCCAAUGGGAUGGCAGAUAGCAUCAAGAUUGUUCACCUGAAGUCUCUAGAUAUGAACAUUCCAAAAGACAUUCCAAACAGAGUGUCACUGGUUGUAACAGAGACGGUAGAUGCAGGGCUGUUUGGUGAGGGCAUCAUUGAGACGCUGAUCCAUGCAUGGAAGCACCUACUUUUACCUCCACCUAACACUCAACAACCCUUGUCCAGUCCCUCACAAACGGGCCGGGUUAUACCUGCUGGUGCAACUGUGUUUGGAGUCGCUGUUCAGUGCCGUGAGAUCCGUAGACAUCACAGGCUGUAUGCGUCUUCAGUUGGAGGCUUGGAUCUGUCUGCAGUAGGACAGAUCUAUAGUCCUGUUAGCUGUCUGGCUGAUACUGAGGACAGCACUGAGCCCUACACCACUGAAAGACUGAGCCGCCUCCGUGGAGGAUACAUUCAGCUCACACAACCUUUCACAGCUCUGGACAUAGACUUCAACAAUGUGCAGGAGCUGGAGGGUCUUUGCUCCAGAGAGAUGACACAGCUGCGACUGUAUGUGACCCAGGAGGGUGUUCUAGAUGCUCUGGCAGUAUGGUUUCAGCUACAUCUCGACCAGGACAACCACCUGUCCACUGGCCCAGAGGAAGACACAUGCUGGGAGCAGGCCAUCUAUCCAAUACAGAGUCCAUUCAACACUGUGAAAUGCGGUGAUGAAGUACUGGUGGAGGUUUCCUGUAAGGACUCUUAUCUCAGGCUAUGCUGCGCUGCUAUCAUAAGAGAUGGACACACAUUCCAUAUGGACAACGUAACUCCCAAGAUCCUCACUGCAAACCCUGAGGCUGAGCUGUGCAGUGCUCUGGCUAGCCUUCAAACCAACCAGGAGAAACCAUCUUGUGCUUUUAUGUUGGAGUCGGCAGAGAUCGCCCUCCUCAAUAACACAGCGUAUCAUAACAGCUUCCAGAAGGCCAUGAGCAAACUUUUGGUUUCUCUUAAGUCAACUGGGAGGUCACAACCAUCAGACACAGAACUCGAUCCGAUCUACGUGCUCGAUGUCUCCGAGGGCUUUUCUGUUCUCUCCUUGAUGGCAGCCCAGUUAGGCUUCGAUUCAAGUGAAGACAAACAUAUCAGCCCUGGAUUGGUUCAAGCCUACAGUUCAGUGGAGAAAGAGCAUCACCAGACUAUGUUGAGACUGCUGGCCAAAGGAAACGGUGUGCUUGAAAGCGCACUGGAGUUCUGGUUAAGUCACGUGGAGGAUGAUUCUGCGGUUCUCCAACGGCCAGCAACCGAGAAGCUCUGGAGCGCCAUCAUACUUGACUGCAUAGAGAUCUGUGGCCUUAUUAGACAGAAACUGUUGGAGAAAGCAACGUUAGCUAGGUGUUUGUUGGAGGAUGGUGGGCAGAUUUUUCCAGAGCGCAUUGUGAUCCACGGGAUGCUUGUUGAGUCUGACACGCUGCUUCGGGAAAGCGCCGUUCAAGGAACAGAGCCGACUCUCGGGUUCAACAUUGCUCCAUUCAUCAAUCAAUUCACAGUACCUGUUCAUGUGUUUUUGGACCUGUCCACACUUGAAUGUACACAUCUUAGUGAACCAGUAGAACUCUUCGCACUGGACCUCAUGAACAGCACUGCCAAUUACACCGACAACGAAGUCAAAGUGCGGGUCAACACCUCAGGCAAGGUGACUGCCAUUCCCUUCUGGUACCAGAUCCACCUGGACUCUGAGCACAGCGUCAGCACCUUCAGUGAGGACUCUCACUGGAAGCAGGCGGCGGUGGUCCUCCAGCAGCCCCUGACGGUCAGCAGAGGAGAAUGGGUCAAGCUCAGCAUCCAGCUCCAUAAGAGCAGCAUCUCCAUUACAGCUGUUAAAGAAGGGCUGGGGGAUGAUGAUGUUAUCAGGGAGGCGGAGCCUGUGACCAGUGACUCAUGAUGUGGGAGGGGUCUCCUGUAUUGAUAUAACACCAGAAUCAGUGAAUUGCUGCUAAUGGGCAAUUUUUUAAUUGCUGUAUGGUUAAAAAAAAAAAAAAAAAAGUUAUUAUUUUUAAAAACAAGCACACAUUUUACAUUAAAAUAAUUUCACCAUGA